AGCCGGUGGAGGGAACGUGGAGUGAGUGAGUGAGUAAUGGUGGAGUGUUUUUAGUUGCUCACCGUGCGCCUUUGUGGUGUUGAUGUGGGAUUGGAAAGCACGGUUUAUUCCGGUUAAACUGCCGACAGGAAUGAACGCAGUGGGGAACGGGGUCUCUGGCACUGCCCUCAUAGACCGCACUAUCCAGAUGAGGAAGGAGGCACAAGCCCGGAAGGUGAUGCUGCUCUGGGGCUUGCUCAACGUAGGACUCGCUGGAAUGGUCUACAUGGAAAUGACCGGCAAGUUGCUGUGCAAAUUCUACAACAUCAGCUACUGGCCCCUAUGGUACAUUGAGCUUGUGCUGGUCACCUUAUUUUGCCUGAAUGCUUUAUUUGAUUUCUGGUGUUACUUCAGGAGUGCUGUGGUGCCAGCUAACCUUGUGAUGACCCCACAGCAGCAAACCCUGCUUGGAAUGAUGAACCCAGCAAUACUGACAACUCCGCAGCAGAAACCAGCCACCCCAUCCACUCCCAAGAGCUCCUCACCAGGCACUGGGCAGGGACAAAGCGUACUAUCUUAUAGCCCUCAACGCCCACUUGGCUCCUGCCCAAAGUACAGCCCUGGCUGUGUAACAGGGUUUAGUCAGAGUGGGCCAACGCCUUCCCCGCCAGGCAGUGGAUCCUUUCCAUCCUCAGUGAUGUACUCAUCUAGUAGCAGCUUCAAUACGGGAUCUCCCUUCAGUCCUGUCCAGAAUACGUCUUUGUACAGUAACAACAUUGGGAAUGCAGACAGCUCCAGCCUGAGAGCUCGAUAUCGAUCUGCUCCUUCUGUGUACAGUGCACCCCUCACUCGAGAUGAAUGUCUGACUGAUAUGAAGUCUCUGGAGAAAUUCCUUCGCUCUGAAGAGGAGAAACAUGGUCGCAGUCAGUUGGGAACACCAGAAUGUACAUCCAGUAGCAGCAGUCCUACCUCCUUUUGGAACUACAGCCGAACCACAGGUGACUAUGCACAGUCACUACGCAAGUUCCAAUACCAACUCGCCAGCCGUUCCCAGGCCCCAUCUGCCCACAAGGAUGACACUGAUCUGGGUUCCAAACUACUUGCAGAAGAGGUGUGGAUUAGGCUGAAUAUGAGUCGACAGCAGUUGGACCUCCUCGAUUCUUGGACAGCCAACCUGAGGAAUUGGAUCAAUGAGACAAUUUUGAAUCGUUUGGUCAGUGAGAUUGACGGUGUGAACACACAACUGAGGAGAUUGGGGUGUCCCGAGCUGCAAGUAGGAGAGACCAGUAUCAGCAGCCUAAGGCAAGCAGCUUUGGUCAGAGCUCCCCAGAUUCCAACACUAAAUAUAGUUGUCCAGUACUUGGACAUCACUUCAAAUCAAGAGUACCUGGUGGAGAGGAUCAAAGAGCUUGCCCAUGGUGGUUGUAUGAGCUCCUUCCGUUGGAAUGGAGGAGGAGAGUACAAGUCUCGGAAAUGGGACACAGACCUUCCCACUGACUGUGCGAUUAUAAUGCAUAUGUUCUGCACUUAUCUUGACUCCAGGCUGCCUCCACAUCCCAAGUAUCCUGAUGGGAAAACAUUCACCUCCCAACAUUUCAUUCAAACUCCAGAUAAACCAGAUAUCACGAAUGAGCAUUUGUUCUGUAUACAUCAAAGCAACAUCAAUCCUCCUCACUACCAGCUCAUCUACCAUGGACAGGUGUAUAAUUUGCCAAAGGACAGGAGCAACAUGUUCCACACCAUUCUGAUGUUUUUAUACAUAAUUAAAACAAAGGAGUCAGGAAUGUUGGGGAGAGUGAAUCUGGGUUUGUCUGGAGUGAACGUUCUUUGGAUUUUUGGAGAGUAAGGAACAAUUGCCAGGAGAUGUAACUGAACAUAUGUAUUUGAUUUGUGCAGAAGUUGAACAGAUUCAGCAUUUUGGCACCUCACUUCACUUCUACAAUCCCCUUCUGGCAUCCCAUCAUCUUUCUUCUUGACCUUUCUUAUACUGACAACUGACAGAAAUGUGGGGCGCUGGACCAGAAAGUCUGAAGACAACAUUAGAAUUUUUCUGUGAACCUCCCUGAGGUUGUGUGCUCACUAAAUGUUUGUCUGGCUGCUGUGCAGCUGCUUCAGUACCGAGGGACUUUUUUUUUUCAAAACGAAAGCUUUUAUCGCUCCUAAUGUUUAAAGGAAAAGGCCUCUUUUAUAAUGACCAGUGGAUGUAUGUAAUUUUCAUGCUCUUCAAAGCAUUAUGUGAAGUAGUUUUACUGCUGUAUUUGUUAUGAAAGAAGAGUAUCAACUCCUGUCAGCAUCGUAGUAUUUCUGUUUGGCCAAAGGAAUUGUUGUACAGAGCAUCUGAGGAUGGGAGAGACAGAACUUGUUUUUUCUUUGCUUGUCUGUAAGUGCACAGAAUAAUGCCUCAACCUACUGGAAUAAUGGCACCACUGUCCUAGGUCAUGUGUCUGAUCUUGCUCUGUUUUUAUAUUAAUGAAGUUAACUCCUCCAUGCUGAAACUUUUAUUCAUAUUUUUAUAUACUGAACAGCCUGGAUGCAAGUAUUGUGCAAAUUGCUUGAGUUGGUGGGGUAGGUUGUCAAAACAUAUUCUGUUUCACUUUAUAAAUGCCUGCAUAAAUGUUAGUGAAAGCAAGAGACUCACCAGUUUUACUGGGAGCUGAUGGGUAAAGGCAAAUACUGGAUGCAGUCUCAGCUCUGUCAUCAGUUCAAAUCGUUGUGAUAAAUGUAAGCUACUCUAAAGGUCCUAUGUAUUUAAUGUGGGCUGCUUCAGUCUACCUCCCAGUAGAUCUAAGUUGCCAGCACAUAAUUUGUCCUUCCCAGUUCAAGGAGUGGUUCAUCUGAUGUUGCUGAAGACCUCUAUCAAUCCCCACAAUGGAAAGGCACUUUACUCUGAAACAAAUCUAGAAAGUACUGGACCUGCAUAUCGGAAUUGUGCUCUUCCCCUCAAGCCGCUUGCUCUCCUUCAGUGGUGACUACAAUUUUGUAAUAUUAUUGAGCAAGUUCAACUGACUGUCAUACGUCAGAGAUCCUAAUAGAUGUUAGAUAUCUUUUCCAUGAUAAAUACCAAAACCAGGUCUGCCUUGACAUUCAGUUCAAGGUUUGCAUGAAAGUGAGUUGCUCUAUUUAAAGAAAACUUGUACUCUAUGCUCCUCUCCAUUUUGAGCAGCACUAACUGAAGCACUGGGUUGGCUUGUGAAAGCAAAGUAGUGUGCAUAUUGGAGAUAUAAAAUAAAAACAAAUUGCUGAAGAAACACAGCAGGUCUGGCAGUAUCUGUGAGGAGAGAAAGUGUUAAAGUUAUGAGUCCAGUGUAUCUUUUUGGAAUGGAAGGAGAGUGGAAUAAAAUUUUUUCAUACUGUUGACAAAAGGCAAGGAAGGAAGAGGAGAAGCGAGUGGAACAGAUAGUGAGGUUCCCCACACUAAAUGACAGAGAUUGCUAAUUGUAGUCCUUUGGCUGUUAUGGGCAAAGCUGAGGCCUUUCGAACUAUCUGGUUUGGUCAACGACAACAUCCCCCCCCCCCCCCCCCCCCAAAAAAAAAAGAAAAAGUCUUCAUUCACUCCUGAAACUCUGGCUAGACUCAUAUCCUGAUUUCCUUUCUAAACAGCCAGGACCCUCUGUUGCAAGUGAUUAAGCAUGAAUGGGAUUGGUCCUCCUGUAACUGCUUCUCAGUGCCCACUAUUGAGUGUUCUGCAGUCCUUUGGGUGAAUAGCUAUUUGAAUGAAAUACUGACUGAUGUCUGUGAAAUUCAGUUGGUGCCCUCUGGGAGGGAUAUUAAAGAGCAAUUGUCACUCAUUCAGAGUGGCAAUGGAAGUGGCUGGUGUGGAAUAUGGGAAAAAUAUCUCUGGUGUGAUAGCGGGCACUCUGCUGAUGUUGUGACUGAGCAGUGAAGUGGAACUUUACAUUUAUCCUAGUCAUAUCUGAUCAAGGAGAUUCUGAGGGGCACUACCAGGAAUGUAACUGCAUCUAAUGAAGUUGCUAAGCUUGGCUGAAUAAUGUAACAAUGUUAGAUUUGAUACUGAUGGGCAUUUGUCUUGGAGAUUGCUGUCUCUAUUUUUCUGAAGGGAUGUGAAAGUGGUAUUGAAAUGUGGGAUCUAUUGAUCUUGGGACACUGCAGAUACUAAUUUUGGAAAUUUGUAAUGUAAUGGCAUUGUCAUGAUUUCUACUUAUUCUUGUAACUAUCCCAAAGAAUUGCAAUAAUUUACAGAUAUUCAUGUGUUCUGGUCUCAUCAGUUUCUUCUACUUAUGUGUUUCAUUGAAGCCGGCCCUGAACUGUACAUGGCAAAGGACUGUCUUCAUAUAGCAGACAGCAGCAUGAGACAGAAGAGUUAAAAUAUAAACAGAAGAUCAAACAGCAGUAACUAAUGAUUUGCCAGUACUAAAGGUUGCAUCAUUAAACUGGCGUGGAUGAAACUAUUGGAGGACUGUUGGAAAUUAAGAAUGGCAACAGCUCACCUUGUUCACUAUGGAGUGCUGGAUUUACAACACGACAUUCUACAGCCAACAUUCUCAUUGG